AUGGAAAGGACCAAUUGGACCAGUGUUUCCUAUUUCAUUCUCCUAGGCAUCUCCACCCAGUCUGAAGAGCAGAUCCCUCUCUUUGUUCUCUUCCUCUCCAUGUACAUUAUUAAUGUGUCUGGAAACCUGGUCAUUAUUGUGCUGACCAUCUCCACAACUCACCUCCACACCCCCAUGUAUUUCCUCCUCAGCAACUUGUCCUUGGCUGACAUUGGCUUCACCUCCACUAUUGUCCCCAACAUGCUAUUAAACAUCUUCUCAGAUACAAAGACCAUCUCCUACACUGGCUGCCUGACUCAAGUGUACUUCUUCAUAAGCUUUGCUGCUAUGGAAAAUUUCCUUCUGGCAGUGAUGGCAUAUGAUAGAUAUGUUGCCAUCUGUCAUCCUUUCCACUACCCUGUGGUAGUGACCAGGAGACUGUGUGCUCAGAUGUCAGUCUCUUGCUUUACUCUGUCCCACCUCCAUGCCCUGCUACAUACUCUGCUCAUGACCAGAUUGUCCUUCUGUGCUGACAACCAAAUCCAUCACUUCUUCUGUGACCUCUAUCCCCUGAUGAAAAUCUCUUGCUCCAGCACCUACAUCAAUACUCUGGUAAUUCAAACAGAAGGAGUUGUCAUCAUCAAUGGGGCUCUGACCUUUAUCAUCAUCUCUUAUGCCUACAUCAUCUCAGCUAUCCUCAAGGUUCCUUCAGCCAUCGGUAAGAGGAAAGCCUUCUCUACCUGUGGAUCACACCUAACGGUAGUGGCUAUAUUCUAUGGGACACUGACUUGGGUCUAUUUUCGACCUUUGUCCAGUUAUUCAGUGGCAAUGGGACGCAUCAUGACAGUUAUGUACACUGUCCUGACUCCCAUGCUAAACCCUUUCAUUUAUAGUUUGAGGAACAGUGAUAUGAAGGCUGCCUUCAGGAAAUGUCUGACCAGGAUAUGGUAUUCAAGUCUCAAAUAA